AUGACCUUGUUCGCCUCGAACGCGUAUCUCCAGAACGUCACAAGCGACAGAGAAAUCUGGAAGAACGCGUAUAGGGACUCGUCUCUCCCCCGCCCACCUGGUCCUUUCCCCUGGAAGACCACCACCGACUUGCGCUCUGCGCUAGUACGAUCCUUUAGAGUCGAGCGCAAUUGGCCCCCGACUUCGGCAUCCGCCGUCUCUCAGCACCAGUUGCCGCCGAUGCUGAAAACCAAAGGUCAGGGAUCGGUUGAGACUGUCAAACGUCUGCUUCUCGGGCGCUGGGCCUUGGCGUAUGAUGACAAGUACCUGUCGUGUUUUGACCUGGACGCUCCUGACCUCGACCGGUCCAAGUGGAAGAAUCUGCAUAAAAUGGGCCGUGAUCAGGAAAUCAACGAGGUCAUGUGUGCGGACUACGUCUCUGCGGAUGGUCCACGGGCUUUUGUGUGUAUCACCUUCGUUGACAUGGAUUGUAUAUCAACAUUCGGGCUCGUGUUCGAGUUUAUGAUCACCGGGCCGAAACCAAAGCUCUCUCUCGUCUGCGAGCUGGAGAACAUUCCCAACGAUAACGGUCUCAAGUUUUUCGUUGGCCACAAGUUGGCUGUCGUGGGAUUCACCGAUAACGCGGAUUACGAGGAUUUCCCGGGGUUGAGGUAUUCGGAACCGGAUGAGAUUGACGAGCUCCCUGCAUUCCUGCACCCUUAUCAUGGGUUGUGGGUCAUUUGUACGGAUACGAAGAAGGUGUACACGCUAGCGCCUUCUGAGCCAACUGAGCCGGGGCAGAACAGUUACAAUGUGAGGGGCCUGACUACUCUGCUUGUAGCACCUGAGUUGCUGACUUUACCUUUUCCAUCUUCUUCUAAGGUGUUUAUCGGCCCGACCCACCUUUUCCUCGCUAGAGGCGCGCACGACGGCCGGCCGGAGAUCGUAGAGGCAUUCGCCGCCCCCUCACACACAUUGGGUCCUGGUGAACAAUUUGUGACCAGCUCAUCCAUUGAUGUAACCCCGCCGCACUACCCGUACGUCGAACUUCACGCGACCCACAAGACGAUGCUACCCGAAGGCGUAUAUAUCGCGACGACCUAUCUGAAUCCACCGGGGAAGCCAAUUAAUCCCGUCCUGGCUGUCGACCCCUGGAUCGGCGAGAACACCGUCGUUGUUUCAGCCUGCGACCUGCGGGGGCAGCCGGAUAACAUAUCUCCAGAGUUGCUUGUGAUGCGACUCACGCUGGGCAGCGUGGACGAAGCCCCGAAGGGGCAACUCGCCCCUAUCAAUGUCGAGGUUGCGCACGUCGCCGGCGCGGUGCGACCGUUUGCUUCGGAGAUGAGCAGUCCCACUCAAAGCUCAAACCUCAUCUUUCCGCAUUCGAUGAAAGUACAGUCGCUUGACGUGGGGGAGGUGAGGGUACUUGUCCAGGGGCGGGGCGGCGAGCCGGGACAAAAUGACUCAAAGAUGCGCCUGAGCGGCAUGACGCUAGGCGUAUCGGGCGACGCAUUCCCGAAUCUGACAAGGAGCUGUAUUGACUCGGACCCUUUAGUGAUAGAAGCUGGUAGCUACGGAGUAUCGUGCUUUGAUGGGCCGAGCGGGCGGGCGUUGGUGGUACGAGAGAAGGGGAAGAUAGUGCUCGUAGACUUUGCAUGA